AUGGAUGAACGUACGGGUGGGCGAGAGCCUGGACAAAUGCUGCGCGCAGCAAUCUUUGGUCCCGAGAGCAGCGUGAUCGAUGGAAAGACGCGCAGUGGUCGCCGUCCGCCGUUUAGCAACAGAAGCGAUGAGCUUUCGCGUUCCGACGAACACCCGAUGAAGCGAGCGAUUCACGAUCGCAGGCGUCGCUCUGUCGUGGCGAAUUCCUGCUCUCGUUUGCUAUCAGACAGUGAUGUCGAGCGCUAA